CGAAUUCCAACAUCUACAUAUAUUUGGUGCCGCACGGGUGGAAAGUUUAGGUAAAAGCAAAUACGAAUACCCUCACUUCAGAGUUCAGAAACGUGUUAUUCUUUCUUCUCCCGCCACACUUUCCGCCGCUUCACCUCCCACCACCACCGCCACUGCCGCGUGCCGCCUCACUUGUCACCACCAAUCCAACAGAAGGGUAAAAACGAAAAUCAGAAUUGAAGUUCAACUUCAAAGCUGUGGAAUUGUUCAAGAACAGUCAGAAAUUUCAGGUUCUACAUUUUUUCAAUCUUCCUUUAUGCCUCCUGAGGGUCCGCAUUUACUAUGAGAGCCGGGCUUCCAAUUUCAUAGAGACGGCCUUGCCAUAUCCAUGGUCGUAGCACAUCUUAGUGCUGCCUGCCUAUUUCCAUUCUCUAUGGAUUCCAAGGAUUCAUUCAUCUUUGUGCUUUCCAAUUUGUUUUGGAGCGAUUCUAUGUUUGUUUCCAAUCUCAAGGGUUUCAGUCACUGCACACAAUGAUCACAAUAAUCUUUUCUUCUUCUACAAGCUUCAUGAGGUAUGUUGUUCCUAUUUUCUUUCACAAAAACCUCCUUCCUUGUUUUUGCUGCUCCUUCUACUCAACUUCAACCCUAUUCCCUCAAAUCGAUAAUAUCGAUCGCGAAAACGCUUCUUCCUUAUUCAACCGUAUGCUCCAUAUGCAUCCCGCCCCACCCAUCUCUCAGUUUAACAAAAUUUUAGCUUCCCUUGUCAAAUCCAACCAUUACCCCACCGUUGUUUUGCUUUGUCGAAAAAUGGAAUUAAACGACGGAGUUAAACCUAACUUAGUCACUUUCAACAUCUUGUUGAAUUGUUACAGCCACUUAGGUCAAAUGAGUUUUGCUUUUUCAGUAUUGGCGAAGAUUAUCAAGAUUGGUUAUCAUCCAGAUGUUGUUACCUUCAAUACACUUAUAAAUGGAUAUUGUCUUAAAGGUGAGAAUGAUGAGCUAUUGCGCUUUUAUGAUAAGGUGGUAGGUUUGGGAUUUCAGUUGAACCAAAUUAGUUAUGGUACAUUGAUUAACAAAUUAUGUAAAGGUGGAGAGACAAGAGAAGCCCUACAGCUGUUGAGACAGGUUGAUGGUAAAUUGGUUCAGCCUCAUGUAGUAAUGUACAACGUGCUUAUUGAUAGAAUGUGUAAAGAUAAACUUGUUAACGUUGCUUUUGAUUUAUAUUAUGAAAUGCUUGCUAAGAGGAUUUCUCCUAAUGUUAUCACUUACAAUACUCUACUUCAUGGCCUUUGCAUCGUUGGACAAUUGAAAGAUGCAAUUAGUUUGUUUAAGAUAAUGGUAUCGGAAAACAUCAACCCAACUGUGUAUACCUUCAAUAUAUUGGUUGAUGGAUUUUGUAAGGAAGGAAAGGUGAAAGAUGCUAAAGUAGUGUUAGCCGUGAUGAUGAAAGCAGGAGUUAAACUUAACGCUGUCACUUAUAGUACUUUAAUUCGUGGCUUUUGCAUUGUUGGUAAAUUGAAAGAAGCAGUUGAUUUGUUUAAUAAAAUGAUAUUGGGAAAGGUUAACCCGAAUGUGUAUACUUUUACUAUAUUGGUUGAUGCUUUUUGUAAGGAAGAGAAGAUUGACAAAGCUAACUAUGUGCUCAAUGUGAUGAUGGAAAAAGACGUGACACCUAAUGUUAUCACUUAUAGCUGUUUAUUGUAUGGAUAUUGUCUAGUUAAUGAAGUGAACGAGGCCAAGAGAAUAUUCAAAAGUAUGACUCAAAGGGGAGUGACUUUUGACGUUCUUAGCUACACUAUCAUGAUUAGUAAAUUUUGUAAGAUUAAAAUGGUGGAUGAAGCCAGGAAACUUUUUGAAGAAAUGCAGUCCAAACAAAUAUUUCCUGAUGUGGUAACUUACAGUUCCCUUGUUGAUGGUUUGUGCAAAUCGGAGAGAAUUCCUAAUGCUUUGAAGCUUGUCGAUGAGAUGCAUGAUAGAGGUCAACCACCAAAUAUAUUUACUUACAGUUCUAUAUUGGAUGCUUUAUUGAAAAAACAUCAGGUUGAAGAAGCAAUUGAAUUAUUUAAAGAAUUUAAAGACAAGGGUAUUCAACCAAAUGUGUACACAUACACUAUUUUUAUUGACGGAUUGUGUAAAAAUGGAAGACUAGAGGAUGCAUGGGAAGUUUUUGAAGAUCUUUUGGUCAAUAGCUACAAUCAUAAUCGUAACAAAUAUACUUGGACCGUUAUGAUCCAUGGAUUUUGUAGAAAGGGCUUGUUUGAUGAAGCUUUGACAUUGCUGUCAAAUAUGAAAGACAACAGUUGCAUUCCAGACACCGUAACUUAUAAAACAAUUAUCAGUUCUCUUCUUGAUAAAGGUGAAAAGGAUAAGGCAAGGAAACUUUGUGAAUUGAUUGCGAGCGGUGUACUAUAAGAGUGUAAUUAGAUCAGACCUGAACUUCAAUAUCCAAUCCAUCUGGAAUUUGGUAGAGUCCUAUAUGGGAAGAAUGGCAUAAUUAGUGAGGGUGUUCUUUCAGAAUGUAAGCUGGUACUGAUGCGUGGAGGGCCCAAUGAGAAACUUGGAGCUGACAAGUUGAUAAAUUGUCGCAGGUUGUUCCUGAUAAUCCUUCAGAACGUAUGACAGACCUCCCAGCAACUAGGAACCUGGCAUUAAAAUAACAAGAUUGCCUUUGGAACUGGUGACCAUUGACAUGCCCCAACUUCGACGCAAAAUAUGGCAUUGGUCGGAGCAGUUUCACAGAUGGGGAUGUCCCUCUCUUCUAUUGAACAUAGACCAAGGGCCUUAACUGGUGAUUAGUUAAUAGUUACACACAUUCAUGGAAACGUGUGUUGAAGCAUUCGCUCGCGAGCAACUCAGGUAAUAAAAUUUAAUUUCAGUUAAACGGGUUUGCCACGUGCAUUCAUCAAAAUUCAAUUGCAUAAAGAUAUAAGUAAAUAUAUGAUUGAAUAUUAUUUUAAAUGACAACUUUUUAGUCUUUCCUAUCGUACUAUAUUUACACAUUAUAAAAGAAGACAGACUAUGCAGUGGGGUCACUAUCACUGUAGUUUUUGGUUGAAGUCAUAUGUUGUUUACUUGUUAGUUUUUCAAGUUCUGACAUGAAAUUAUUUUUCUUCCCAUUUCCAAAUGAACUACUUUACGUGCUUCAAUUUUUUUCAAUCACUGCUAAAUUUUAGUGGAUAAGAAACAAAUGAAUCUAAAAAUUUUAUGAUCAACCUAAUUCUGUUUGCAAGUGAACUGCAUUGUUUGGAUCAUAUUUUACAUGGAACUUAUGUUGCUGUUGGAAAAGAAGUUGUAUUUGUUGAUGAAUGCAUGAUUUGGUGAAAAUGCAAAAGUUGAUGCCUCUGUACUGUUGCCAUUUUCCUGCUAUCACUAUAAAGCCAAGGUGAAGUCCUAGGGGCCGUUAUGGUUGCUGUUAUGGAGGCUGUGAUAGGAAUUUGCCAUCAAGUCUUCUGGUCUUGAACUGUACAAAGAUGGCAGGUAUUCACAAGGAUUUCAAAGCUCUACAAAGAUGGUGGCUUGUUGUGUAGGGACUGCAAGAUUUGGAGGACUUGAACGGAAUUAUGACGGAGCAUUUCAAUUUGGAUUUUAUGGGAGUAUAGGAUGGUAAAAUAUUUUCAUACAGAGAUUCAUGCUUUCCUUGUUGGUCUCAAGUUGUGCUGGCAAGCUGGCUUUUCAGAAGGUUAUAUGCUAUUCUGAUUUUCUUGACGUGGUUCAGUUAGUAUCAAUGGGCAUUCAUCUCUUUCACCAUUAUGCCAAAUAUGUUGGAGAUUAUCAGAGCUUACAUGAAGAAAGAUUGAAAUUUUUCUCUCCAUCAGACUCUUCAUGAGGGAAAUUCUUGGGCAUGAUAUUCUAGCAAAAUAGAUAUAGUAUUUAACAUCUGACCAUAGCAUAAGAAAUGUUAAGGAUAGAAAGUCAAAAUUGUACCAAUUUGAUAUAAAGAAAUAGAACACUAUAUUCACUUGUAAUGCCAUGAACACAACAAAUCCAUUUGCAUUCUUAUUUGAGGUAUGCAGCUUAACACA